AUGCCUGCCUUACACACUGGAUUGAUAUUCGCCGCUGUGGCUGCUGUCGCCUCAGCGGCUCCUACCACCGACAACACGUCUGCCGCCGCUUCAAAUAUACUGGCUAAGCGUGCCGUCUGUUCAUAUACGGGCACCAUCAACCCCACUACUGUUGCCUCUGAUGCGCCUGGCUGCUCCUCCAUCACCUUCAAUGGAAUCACUGUCCCUAAGGGUCAGUCGCUCGAUCUUUCUAAGCUCACAAAGGGCACAACGGUCACUUUCCAGGGCCACAACACUUGGCUCGCCCAGGUUGGCUUCGAUGACUCCCUCCUCAAGAUCGGUGGUACCGACAUCAUCGUUACUGGUGCAGCCGGUGCUCGCCUUGACGGUCAAGGUGCCCAAUACUGGGACGGCCUGGGCAGCAACGGUCCUACACCCAAGCCUAAGUUCCUAGCUGCUCACAACUUACUGGGCACCUCAGCUAUCAACAACCUCUACCUGUUGGACACACCCGUGCAGGCCGUCAGCAUUAACGGCUGCAAUGGUCUCAAGGUCAAUAAGAUGACUAUCGACAACAAGAGCGGAAACAGUCUGCCUGCGAACAAGAUGCCUCACAACACUGAUGGCUUUGACAUUGGUGCUAGCUCCAACAUUGUCAUUGACGGCGCUAUUGUCGACAACCAAGAUGACUGCGUUGCCAUCAACUCUGGAACCAGCAUUACGUUCCAGAACGGACAGUGCAACGGUGGUCACGGUCUGUCUGUCGGGUCGGUUGGCCACGGAUCUAGCACUGCCUCUAACACAGUCAGCAAUGUGCAAUUCCUCAACAAUAAGAUCAGCAACUCCUCCAAUGGCAUCCGAGUCAAGUCUUUUGUUGAUGGUAAGGGAUCCAUUGACAAGGUUACCUACAAGGGCAUCACGCUCAGCGGUAUCACCAAAUACGGGAUCCUUAUUGAGCAGAACUACAACGGUGGUGACCUCCCCAAGAACGUUGCCCCUGGCACUGGCGUCCCUAUUACUGGCCUGACUAUCGACAACAUUAUUGGCGGCAACGGUGUUGUCGCUAGCGGAACUAAUGUUGCUAUUGAGUGUGGCAACUGCAGCGGCUGGACCUGGACCAGCACUGUCAAUGUGACCGGUGGCAAGAAGUUCUCCUGCGUUGGUACUCCCAGCGCUGUCCCUGCUGGCACUUGUGCUUGA